ACGUGGGAUAUUUGUAAAGCAAGUCUCCUAGAAGGUUUGGGCCUUGGGGACUCUUUAUUGUUUAAGUUAGGGGAGUAAAAAAAUAAAAAAACAGAGAAAAUUGAACCAUAAAAAAAAUUGAUUAAACUGAUUAGAAUGUUUAAAAAUAUUCGGUUCGGUUUAAUUUUGCAAGUUUGAAAUCAAAAAACCAAACUAAAUCGAAAAAAUAAACUAAACCGAAAAAAACCGAACCAAAUUAAAACCAAACCCAUUAGAAAAAUCCAAAAAAACUUCAAAAAACAAUAUAAUUUUUUAUUUUUAAUAUAAAAUAACCGAACCUUAACCGAACCGAACGAAAAUCUCUUUACCACAAUUAAAAAGUGUUGUAUCAAAGAGAAAUUCUUAUCUUAAAACCUCAACACCAUUUUAACAUGUGGCCCAAGGGAACAUUUUAGAAAAAUCCAAUUAUCAACGGUUAGAUCACAAUGAGCAACAGCUUUAUGUAUCUACUAGACAAUGAUGAACUUGGGAAAACUGCUAAAUACAUCACCGAGCAGGACAACGACAGCUCAAUGUCCCUGCACUAGCAACAAUGGCACUUCUUUCAUUACUAUAUAAUCCCUUUUGUUUCAGUCAGUUUGUUAAAACUAAACCUGCUUUUUAUCUUAUAAUGCAAAAUUGAAGGUCGUCGUCGUCUCUUUCAAUCAGCUGUGCUAAGACAGCUUGCUUACUAGCUUCAUUGCCUCGUCGGUCAUAUAACACAGAUAAACAGAAUAUAAUCAGAUACUUUUUCAGCAGAUUUGCUGUCCAUAUUUCACGUUGUCUAAAAAUACACUUUAGGUAACAUUUAUGAGGUAAGCAGAUGACUAACCAAAUUCCAGAAGAAAAACAAAUUUCCCAGAUGGAAUCAGAGUUUUCUUAUUCAUACAUUUCUUUUUCUGGAUAUAUAACAAACUAACUUUGCCCAAAUAUAGGUCAUGGCCCAAGAUACUUAUUUGCAAGUAUGAUUCAUGACAGCUUGUGGACAGACACCAUCAAUAUUAAUUGUUUUCAGAUUGCAAGUACAGAUUGGUCUUCAAGAAAAAGGAAAUAAAUUUGAAAUAUAUGGCAGAGAUUAAAAAAACAAAAAACACUGAUGUUCCUCUAAAUACUUCGAGAAAAAAAACAAGGACGUGUAAAAGUGGUGCAAAGGCACUAGUAAUUAAAUUUGAAUUCUCAGCCAGUAGCGAAAGCUGUUUUAAGGUACCGGCGAUGCAACGAAGAGGAUUGGUCUCCUGACUUGGAAGGGUGCCAGAGGAUGCUGGAGGAUAUCCUGGUACAACCGAAAAAAAGAAUUUUGGAUCAACCAUAAUUUUUCCUUCAUUUUCAAGAGACUGGUUCCUCUCAACAACUACUAGCCACCUGUUAUGUGUCUUUCACUUUCACGAUAUUCUAUCUUCUUGUUCUUCGUAUUCUUGGCUACUUCCUGUUAUGAGCCUUAGAUUUCCAUGGAAAAUCCAAGAUUUCAAAAUUUGAAGCUUGUGUUCGUUGUAUAAUGCUUCUUGGUUUUUGUCUUGAGACUCGGGGUUCUCGUGGCUGCUGCUGAUGAGUUUGAUGAGUCGAACAAAGGUGAUGGUUAUGAUUCUGGAGUCACAGAAGAAGAACAGAUUGAUGAUAAUAGCACUAUUGAUUAUGGUGCUUAUGCUGCCAGCUCUAAUGGUGUUGGAAUGGAUCGGGAAAUAUCCGAGCUCUGCAAUAGCUAUAUGAGUAGUUUUCUUCCUCCACCAUACAAUAACAUAUCAAACAUGAUCUGCAGACCAGUUUGGAAUAUUUUUCUGUUGAGGGUAAAUUUUGAUGAUUUAUUUUUCUUUGAUCUCUUUGUAUCUAUACAUGGGUAUGGCCUAGUGUCAUCAUCUUGUGCAUGCAGUAUCACGAGAAAGAAGAUAAUGUAGUGAAUUCUAUAUUAUCUGCUGUAUACACAACCGGAUGGGUGGCAAUGGGGUUUUCAAAAGAUGGAAUGAUGGUUGGAUCCACUGCUAUGGUGGGCUGGUUUAAUAGGAAAGGACAAGCAAGAAUCAAAGAGUCUUGCUUGCAAGUUACUAGGCCAUCACAGACAGAGGAAGCAGGUGAAUUGGACCUCACAAAAGUUCCACCUGCUGUUGUGAUUCAUGGGGCUAUGAUUUACUCGGUAUUUCAAGCUAAGUUUGAAAACCCUCUCACUUCCCAACCAAUUAUAUUGCCUUUUGGAGCCAGGAAUCCCAAUCACUACCGCCUAUCAUCACAUGAUGACAAGACGACCAUUCUUUUCGACUUCACUGCAGGUUCUAUGUCUAAAGCACGUAUAAAUCCUGGGAAGAUGAAGAAGAAUCAUGGGGUAUUAGGUACCCUGGCAUGGGGUCUCUUCCUUCCUAGUGGGGCAAUUGUUGCAAGAUACUUGAAGCAUAAAGAACCACCCUGGUAUUAUCUACAUGCGGGUAUUCAAUUUCUGGGGUUUCACUUGGGGCUUGCCAUUGUGAUUCCUGGACAACAACUCGGCAAUAAGAUUAAUGCCAAUACAUCACAUAAAGGCAUGGGGAUUUUUGCUCUCACUCUUAGUGUUCUUCAGAUAUUGGCUUUCUUUCUAAGGCCAAAGAGAGAUGCCAAGAUCUGCAAGGGCUGGAAAUGGUACCACCAUUGGUUUGGAAGGAUUGCCCUCUUCUUUGGAGCCUUCAAUAUUGUGUUGGGAAUCCAUUUAGGAGCUGCAGGGAUGUCAUGGAAGAUAGGCUUUCGUUUUCUAAUCACUAACGAAACGUUGUCUUGGUUGAGGAGAUCAGAGAACACUAAUCCACCUGAGACCUUCCAAAUGAAUCCAAUUCAAUUACAUUUUAGAGGGCUAGAAAGCCAUGUCCAGCUAUUUUCUGGUUCAAUCUUGGACCUAGCCAGGACCAGAUUAUUAAAACUAUCUUACAAAGCUGUUGACUAUUGGCAAUUUCAGUAGUGUUGGCUGGAUGAAUUGUUAAACAGCUGGAUGAUUGUUCGUCAAGUUGGAGCAACCGGCAGGUUUUCUGGGCCAAAAACCCAGUUACUGUACAAAUCGAAGUAGUUGAUGGGACAUCCAUGUUGAAGGAUUUCCUUGUUGUGAGGAAAGGCUAGGUUUGGCAUGUUUUUUUGAUAUUUCGAAUCUGCGGGUUGCCCUGUCUUCUAUAGUGUUUGGCAAUUUAAAAUUUGCAAAGAAAAUGUAGAGAUUUUUCACUCUUUUUUUUUUAAAAAAA